AUGGGCAACGUCGAAGCGUUGCGGUUCACCGUCGAGGACCAUGUCAUCAUCGCCAUCGUCCGCAUGGGUUCAGUCUCCUUCACAUUCUACCUCUUCGCCCUCGGCCUCGAGAUGGAUCCUAGGAACAUUAUAGAUUGGUCCGGCCCGGCAACGAAGCUCGCAUACUCUGGCAUCAUCUCCACCAUCGGAGUAACCCUCUUAUGCUACACUGUCAUAAACUUCAGCGGCCUCGAAGUCGCCAGAAUCAAUUCGUACCAAAUGAUCUGCGCUCUCGCAAUCGGCCUCGCCGCGACCUCUUCUCCCAUCCUCACCCGCCUCAUCACCGAGCUCAAGAUCGGCAAAUCGGAGAUCGGCCGCCUCGCCGUCCGCACCGGUCUCGCCAACGACAUGAUCUGCACAUCCAUCAUGUGCGUCGGUGUUCUCAUCUACGGAUCCCAGAUCCGGAUUCUCGACGAUUCUCUUUCAACCAAAAUCAUCAACGCCAUUCUCAACAUCCUUUUUCUUACCAUCGAGGUUUGCUUCAUCUUCAAAAUCAUAAACCCCUUUCUUGGAGUCUUAAACGAUCGGAACCCUGAAGGAAAACCCAUCCGCGGCAUCGACAUGCUGAUCGUCUCCCUCAUAUCUGCCGUACUUUGUUUCAGCUCUCUUCUCUAUGGCUUCGACCCCAAUUUCAACGCCUUUGUCGUUGGUCUCUUCUUUCCUCGCGAUGGCCGAAUGUCGAAUUUCCUCAUCAGCCGAAUCAAUUUCGCCCUCACCACAUUCAUCCUACCGCUCUACGUCGUCCUCGUCGGCUUUUCCACCGAUUACAAAGCAUGGGUCACGCAACCGAGCCGCACCGUUUACAGACUCUUGAUCCUUGGAUCCAUUGGGGUGGUCGGAAAGCUGAUGGGGACUGUAGUUUGCAGCAUCCGUUGCGGCCUUCUAUGGCCUGAGGCCAUCGCUCUCGGACUUCUCUUAAACGUAAAGGGUUACUUCCACAUCUUCUGCGCAUACACCACCUCGUCAAUGCAGCUGAUCGAACCUGACAUGAUGAUGGUGAUGCUCCUGGUGACGAUCGGGACGAUCAUUCCGACGCCGUUGGUGGUGGCGUUCAUUGUGCGACGAGCGAGGGCGAGGGAACAGGGGGGCAGUCCGAUGGGGUUGCAAUAUUGUAAUGUGGGAGGAGAGGCGAGGAUUUUGAUUGGAUUGCAUGGGGUUCAUGAUGUGGGGAUGGCGGUGAAUGUGAUGGAGGCGAUGAGGGGGAAAGGGCAGGGGGAGGAGGGGAGAUUGAUGGCUUACGUGGUGGAUAUGGUGGAGAUGACGGAUAAGACGGCGGCGUCGCUGGUGCAUGGAGAGGGGUUGGAGGCGGUGACGGUGAGAGAUGAGGAGAUUGUGGAGAUGAGGGAGCAGAUUGGGUCGGCAUUGGAGGCGUAUAAGGAGGAUGGUGGGGAAGGGUUGAGGGUGCGGAGGAUGCUCGCCGUGUCGUCGUACGACUGUAUGCAUCAGGACAUCUGCGGCAUCGCUCAGGAUUGCUUGGCGGCACUGGUGGUGCUUCCCUUCCACCGUCGGCAGAGAGUCGACGGCUCAAUGGACUCAGGCCACCCAGGCCACAGACUCCUCAACCAAAGGGUACUCCAACAAUCCCCUUGCUCAGUCGCAAUCCUCGUCAACCGCGGACUCAAACGCUCUGCCUCCCAAAUAUCUUUCUCAUUCGCAUCUCAAAACAUCUGCGUCGUCUUCAUCGGCGGGGCCGACGACCGCGAGGCCCUCGCCUACGCCAGCAGAGUCGCCCAGCACCCCGGCGUCAGACUCACAGUCGUAAGAUUCCUCCCCGACGCCGCCGCUAAUGGCAGAGUAUCAGGACCAGGAAGAAGAAUUCUAACCUCAGUGGGAAAGCAAGAGAUGGAAAUGAAGGCGGACGACGAGCACUUCGCCGGAUUCUACGAGAGGUAUGUUGCGGGAGGGAACGGGGUCGGGUAUAUGGAGAAGCAUGUGGGGAGUGGGGCGGAGACGGUGGCGACGUUGAGAGCGUUGGAAGGGCAGUACGAGUUGUUUGUGGUGGGGAAAGGAAAGGAGAGGAAUUCGGUGCUGACGGCGGGGAUGAGUGAGUGGGCGGAGUGCCCGGAGCUUGGGCCGAUAGGGGACAUACUUGCGGCUCCAGACUUCUCCUUGACGGCAUCUGUGCUUGUUAUACAGCACUGUAAUGUUGCCAGGAGAUGCGACGUUAUCGACGAGGAGUUUCUUCCAGUUUAGUGGCCAUGUAGUUAUUUUAUCAGUAGGAGAGAUUGAAUCGUGAAGGGGAUGGUGAUCUAGCUUCCAAGAAAAUG